UUAGUAUAGACUUUAAAUUUUGAGUGACUAUCAGUGACCAUGUGUGAUUUAGGAUGAAAGACUGAAAGCAGAUGAAGGUGUAACCCUUGCUAUUUGUUUCUCCCAUAGUCCCGUUCGGGUACAUUAAAAUCGAUCCUUGUAGAUUUGGCAUCACAUAUAUGUACAUGUAUAUAAAAAACUACGAAAAUAUGGCAUAUAAAUUUAGAGCUUUGUUAAAUUUGGAAUCUAGUAGUAAGAAAUUUCGUGUAGAAUAGCCACGUGAAGCAGGAAAAAUUGGGCAAAAAGGGGGAAAUUAUUCAAUCUUCGGCUCUUUCUAUCUCUCUUGCAUGUGGGGAGCAUAGCCAGUUUAUUCUCUACAUGGAACGUGUCGACACGAUAGGGUCAAUAAUCUGUCAUGGGAUUUUGUUGGGUAGCUGAAGGUCAAGGGAUUUAGCUAUAAAUUUUGUUUAUUUAAUUUAGCUAUCAUUGUGAGGUCAGCUUUGCUGGUGAGCUGGGUCCCAGUAUCAUGGGUUUAUAGGGGGUGGCAACCCUAGGAAGAUGAGCCCCCACUUCCCUGCCUGCAUAGCAGGAAUACUUUGUGAAGGACAUGGUGAAAAAGGACAAGAAUGAAAGUAAGCUUGUAAGAUGUCUCGUGAUUUUCCAUAACAAUGGCUGCAGAAGCAGCCCAGUAGCACACCACCACCACGCACCAGCAUCCCCGGCCCUUUUUGCCCAUACCAAUCAAUACCCACUAAACAAACAAACAAACAAAAAAACGUGGCCUAGUUCAAGUGCCUAUGGGGAUAUUGUUUAGUCAUUACAUUUCAGCUCCCUAGACUUCAACAAUGGAGGCUGUACGGAAUCAACAUGUCUAAUUAUUAAGUUCAUGCGGGAGGGAAACUUCAAUAAAAGGAUAUACUUAAGUCUGAAUUUUUAUUUUUGAGUCAUUUCUUUGCAUUCAAUCUACCUCUGAAAUCUAUUCGAGGCUUUGGGAUCCCAUUAAGAAAGGAAUAAUAGAAUGCUAUAGUUAAAAGGAAAACAUCAAAUUCCUUCUUAAUCUCCAAGCAGCAACAAUAAACUAAAGGUUAAAUCACCACUUAAACUGUUCCAUUAGUUUAACAUAGUCCAAAAAUGCAGGCUUAUCAUGCAUGCACCAAUGAACCAUUCAGGUUGUUUACAUUUCCGCCAACCAUUGAAACAAGAGCGUUUUCUCAGAAGCUGCUGUUUCUUUCUCUCCGUAUAUCUUCUAAUCAUAGUUUCCACCGUAGGUUUGGGUGGAUUGCUUGUCGUAUUCGUUUUGAAGCCUCAAAAGCCGGUGUUUUCGAUCCAAACUGUAAGAUUAGAUGCGUACCAGUUGAACGUUUAUUCCAACACAACCCUGUUUGUCUCGGCUGUUGCAUCCAUGGUUCUAAAUGCUAGCAAUCCUAACAAAAUUGGCCUCAGAUACAGCCCUUCAAGGCUUCAACUCUACUCGGAAGGACUUCCGAUGGCGGUUAUCCGAGUUCCCGGGUUCUUUCAACCCGCUCAUAGUAACAAUGUCAGUUUGACAGCAAGGGUUUUGAUUCCUUGUGUGAAUGUUACCCAAAUUCUGGGCGGGGCUUGGUUGCAAGACCAGCAGGGGCACAACAUUGUUCCAAUGAAACUAUCAGGUGACAUUAGAGUGAACCUCCAUUUUACACAGACAACCCUGCCAAAGAUCAAGGUGGCCUUGGAUUGUGACAUAAGUUUCGAGUAUAAGGAAUUGGCCUUCUUAAACGAAGCUUACAUCAAGAAACCACCUAAAGAUCUACUUGCACCUUUUUCAAAUGAUUCCAACUCCUUUCUCAAGAAAUGUGCUUUGGCUAUCUAUGUAUAAAAGAAAUCGGCAGUUUACUUGAUAAGGAAGUUUCUUUUUUUUCCCCCUGAAUGUAUAGAAGCUUUAGACAAUAUGAGGAUGUGUAUAAUAUUAUAUUAAGCCAAGAACGAUGUUGGGCAGAAUGAAGGAAUAAAAAGUUGUGUUGAAAGUCAUUUAAAGAGUUUGGCAUUAAUUUUAAGGAGGUUUGUAUAAUUAAGAUCGCAUGAUUUCGCACACAAUUAAUUUAGAAU